AUGGCCUCUCGACGCUUCAUCCUCCUCUCCUCCCCCUUCGCCAUCGGAUACGGCGUCCACCAAGGUCUCAACAUCCUCGAAGCCAAAUAUCCCGCACUUCCCCCUGACACCAACACCAGCGCAGCCCUCCGCACCCCCUCCAAUCCCAAAACCCAACGCUGCGCCUACGUCGACGUCUACUCAGCCCGGGUCCCCGUAAAAGCCCUCGAGUCCCACCCCGCCGCCGAAGAAUCCAGAAACCUCCAAGAAGCAUGGGCCCGCACACUAUUCCAGAGCCGUGUUCUUCGCACCGAAGCCCGUCUCAUCGGCCUCUUCACAGCCGGCCGUCCUACUCCCGGUGAUACAGGCAACACACCAGGUGGAUUCUCGCAGAAGGAUGAGCGGGGCGAGCAGCGGAAAUUAAUGAACGGAGCGCUUGCGGUUGAGCGAUCGCCGUCGUCGGGAUCGUGGCUUUCUAUGUCAGGGCCAUCGGGGCUGUUGGUUUCUUGGAAGGUUCCGGAUAAUGCGCGGGAGUUCUUUGAGAAGAUUUCUGUGUAUGGAUAUCCGUGGCGGUUGAUGUCUGGUGGAAGACAUGAGGUUAGUGUUUCGAAGCCGUUCAAGGAGGAGGGGAGACAGGUAGUGGAGGUGCGGUUUGCGUCGGCGCAUGAUUAUGAGAUUGUUCCCGAUGAGGGAGAGUUGGAGAAGCAGAAGGUUAUCCCGGCGUGGGUUGGGAAACUGCAUCGCGGUUUUGCGCGACUGAUAUUGGACAGUGCUGUUCGGGAGUUGCAAGAUUGA